GUGCCAGUAGAACACAAAACUAGUGUCCGUGUAUCAGUUGGUUUCUCGAUAAAUAAAAGUGUGUUAUGAUUUAGUGCUGGACUUAAACAAAUUAAAUAAUAAAUUAGUGCGAAAUUAUAUUUUGAGAAAACCCAGGAAACAUGAACGGAUACAGUGAUAAUUUAUCCACUAGUAUGGAAAAUAGCAGAAAUUGUCUGCGGCGCAUAGCUCGUCACGAUGAUCAGGAGUUUUCAAACCAGAGCAUCUUGAACGCUAUGGAGAAAUUUGUAAAAACCGUCAACCGCAUGGACGAGACCAUUCUGAUCCCAUGUCGUCUGAUGGAUUUGAAAGCUGCUCCUGCAGCAGAUGAAAAGCCAAACGGCAAAUCUAAGAAAGGUUCAGCCGAUAUGUUGACAUCCACUGACCUGUACGAUUUGUACAACAUGUUAAAUAAUGUCAAAGUUGAUCUUCUCUGGGGGGUGGCAAAGCUCCCGCGGAAGGCUCCAGCAACAUCUCCCGAUAAUAAUACCUUAAAAGUUACUAAUAGUAAGCCGGGGCUCGCACGCAGGCCCUCGACCGCCAGCAUGGCGUCCACAAACUCUGCUGUUUCCCUUAGCGAUUGCGAUUCGGAUGCCGGCAAUGAAAACGACUCUGGUAUUGAAAGCGAGGGGUGCCGAAAAGAAAGAUAAAAUCCCGUUUGGGUGUCUGAGAAUUUCCGAAGACAUUUAUUCGGCCUAUAUAGGACGCUAGAACAAAUGACCGAAGCCGCCAAUUACGUUACGGAUCGCUACCAAACGGACGUUGGAAGUGUUUGAUCAAAGGCCUCAACUUGUUUCUAGUUUUUAACUUAAUAUUAUUUUGUUAUGAAUAGCGUUUUAUUUAUUAUUAGAUAUUUGUGAAUUACGUUCGG